CUGGUGCUGGGUGGAGAUGCCCUUUUUCCAAGGCUGGGCAGUCGCUGGGAUGCGCGGCAGCACCGCGGGCUCUCCGCCGCCGCAGGCGCUGGACUCCCUCGCCCCUGGCAGGCCCCUGCAGGAUGCUGGCAUGCACGGAGCGUGGCUGGAGGCGCAGGCAAGAGGGGAGGGUGCUGUGCUGCCUGCCUGGGGGACGUCUCCGCCGCGCUGGCAGGUCCAUGCCCCGCUGGACUGGGACCUCAUCUGCCGGGCUGGGCAGGACCCCAUCACCCAGCUCCCAUCUGGCCCGGGGCAGCCCAGGUCCCCGUGGCACCCCGAGAUCGGUGCCAGGUCCCAGCCGGAGGAGGAUUCGGGCUGUGAGGAAGCAGAGGCCCAGGAGCUGCUCCUAACAGGCCUGGACGACGACCGGGGGAGCCGGGGCAACAGCAUCCCGCUGCCUGGCACGGAUGCCACCCCCUUCCUCCCGGCCUCCCCCCAUGGCACGGACACCGCGUUUGGCUCGAAGAGAACGAACCCGGGCGGCUGCUCCCCGCAGCCCAGGAAGAAGCAGCGGGGGGAAGCUCUGCCUGGCGCUGCCCAGCUGCUGUGGCUACCUGGUGGGGGUGCCCUGACCCUCAAGGGGCGAGCGCAGCGAAGGGCGAGAGGACGCUGA